CCCGGGGAGCCCCUAGCACGCUGGAGGAGAGGGCGGGGCGGGUCUGCGCUCGGGCAGGGCUCGCGCAGCAGCCGCUGCGCCCACAUCAGCAUCUUCCGCUGUUCGCAGCAGCAUCGCCGCCUCCAACAGGUAAACAUGUCCCGGGUGAGGCAGGUGGGGCUGCUGGCCGCGGGGUGUCAGCCCUGGAACAAGGACGUGUGCGCUGCCAGCGGGGACAGGUUUGCCUACUGCGCGACCCUGGCCAUCUAUAUUUAUCAGCUGGAUCAUCGUUAUAAUGAAUUUAAACUUCACUCAAUUAUGUCUGAACACAAAAAAACCAUCACGGCCAUCUCGUGGUGCCCACAUCACCCUGACCUGUUUGCCAGUGCCAGCGCUGAUAAUUUAGUGAUCGUUUGGAAUGUCGCAGAUCAAAAAGUCAUUGCCAAACUCAACAAUACAAAAGGGACGCCUGCCUGUCUGAGCUGGUGCUGGAACUCGGGCGAUGCUGUGGCCUUCAGUUCCCGCAGGGGCCCAAUGUUCGUCUGGGCCGUCUCAGGGCCCGAGAGCGGAGUCACCGUGCACAGGGAGGCACACAGCUUCCUGUCUGACAUCUCCCUGUUCCGAUGGCACACCCAGAAAAAGGGCAAGGUCGUAUUUGGUCAUAUGGAUGGGAGUCUAUCGAUUUUACAACCAGGCAAUAAAAGCCAGAAACAUGUGCUGAGGCCCGAGUCCCUCGAGAGCCCGGAUGAAGAGGACCCAGUCACGGCCCUGGAAUGGGACCCGCUGUCUGCCGACUACCUCCUGGUGGCGCAUGCGCACUACGGGAUCCGGCUGGUGGACUCGGAAUCGCUUUAUUGCAUCACCACGUUCAGCUGUCCCAGCUCAGCGGCCUCGGUGCACUGCUUGGCCUGGGUCCCCAGUGCCCCCGGAAUGUUUGUAACCGGAGAUUCUCAAGUAGGUGUUUUACGCAUUUGGAGUGUUUCGAGAACAACACCUAUUGAUACUUUUAAAUUAAAGAAAACAGGAUUUCACUGCUUACAUAUACUUAAUUCUCCUCCAAGAAAAAAAUUUUCGAUCCAGCCUCCGACCAAAAAUCACUACACUUCCUCCACCAGCGAGGCAGUGCCGCCCCCAGCGCUGACCCGGAGCCAGGCCUUCUCCCUCCCUCCCGGCCACGCCCUGUGCUGUUUCCUGGACGGGGGUGUUGGCCUGUACGACCUGGGAGCCAGGAAGUGGGACUUCCUUAGGGACAUGGGCCACAUUGAAACCAUCUUUGACUGCAAAUUCAAGCCUGCUGACCCCAGCCUCUUGGCCACCGCAUCGUUUGAUGGCACCAUCAAAGUCUGGGACGUGAACACGCUGACGGCAGUGCACACAUCCCCGGGGAACGAGGGCGUCAUCUACUCCCUUUCAUGGGCUCCAGGUGAUCUGGACUGUAUUGCUGGAGCGACUUCCCAAAAUGGUGCUUUUAUCUGGGAUGUUAAAAAGGGCAAAAUGGUGCAGCGCUUCAAUGAGCAUGGAAAAAAUGGAAUAUUCUGCAUUGCCUGGAGUCAUAAAGAUUCCAAAAGAAUAGCAACCUGCAGUGAGGACGGCUUCUGUAUCAUUCGAACAAUUGACGGCAAAGUGCUCCACAAAUACAAACACCCUGCAGCGGUAUUUGGUUGUGAUUGGAGCCAAAACAACAAAGACAUGAUCGCCACGGGCUGCGAAGACAAGGAAGUGCGCGUCUAUUACGUGGCCACCAGCUCGGAGCAGCCGCUGAAGGUGUUCAGCGGGCACACGGCCAAGGUCUUCCACGUGCGGUGGUCUCCUCUCAGGGAGGGGGUUCUCUGCAGCGGUUCUGAUGACAGUUCUGUCCGAAUCUGGGAUUAUACUCAGGAUGCCUGCAUAAAUGUUCUCAGUGGACACACCGGUCCUGUGAGGGCCCUAAUGUGGAACCCCGAGCUCCCCUACCUGCUCGUGUCCGGCAGCUGGGACUACACCAUGAAAGUAUGGGACACUCGAGAUGGGACUUGCUUGGACACCGUGUGUGACCACGGCGCUGAUGUAUAUGGUCUGGCAUGCCACCCCGCCCGGCCCUUCACCGUGGCCUCCUGCUCCCGGGACUCGACGGUGCGGCUCUGGUCCCUGGCCCCACUGACCACUCCUUUGCAGAUGAAGAUUCUGGCCGACAGGUCUUGGAAAGAAAUCGUCGGGAACACUGAUUAUGCCUUACUGCAAGGUGCCCUGCCUGUCCUGUGUGGCAAAGUGUCCAGAGAUAUUAAACAAGAAAUAGAGAAGCUCCCCGGCAAUCCUCGAGUGGAAAAGCUGAGGAGGUUUUCAGAAUGCUUAUCACCUCCAGGUGGCAGUGACAAUCUGUGGAACCUGGUUGCUGUGAUCAAAGGACAAGACGACAGCUUGCUUCCUCAGAACUACUGUAAAGGCAUAAUGCACCUGAAACACAUGGUCAAAUUUAGAACGUCGGAAGCCCAAGAACUGACCACAGUCAAGAUGUCCAAAUUUGGGGGCGGUAUCGGUGCUCCGACUAAAGAGGAGAGACUAAGGGAAGCCGCUGAGAUACACUUGAGACUAGGACAAAUCCAGAGAUACUGCGAACUGAUGGUCGAACUUGGCGAGUGGGACAAGGCCUUGUCUGUCGCGCCAGGCGUCUCUGUGAAAUACUGGAAGAAGUUAAUGCAGAGGAGAGCCGAUCAAUUAAUCCAGGAAGAUAAGGAUGAUGUCAUCCCCUACUGCGUAGCCACUGGGGACGUGAAAAAACUGGUCGCUUUCUUCCUGUCCCGGGGCCAGCUGAAAGAAGCCCUGCUCGCUGCCCAGGCUGCUUGUGAGGGGAAUAUGCAAACCUUCCACAUUUCUACACCCAAAGGAUCCUCUUGUCCCGAUGAUUUCUACAAGGAAGACUUUAAUGAACUCCUGCACACAGUGAGUGAAGAGCUGGCAGAACGGUACCUGCAGGACGGAAGAGCCGUCCUGGCCGCGUGCUGCCACCUGGCCUCGGACGACAUUGAGCUGGCGAUGGCCUCCCUGAUCCGUGGAAAUGAGCUGGAGCUGGCGGUCUGCGUGGGCACAGCCUUGGGGGAGGCGGCCGCCCCUGCGACCCACUGCGCCCUGGAGUUCCUGGCGAGAAAAUGCAUGAUGAUUCCAAUGUGGAGUUUGGCAGCCGAUCUUCUCCUGAUGAUCCCUGAUAAUGACCUGCAAUUAGUACAGCUCUGUGCUUUCUACCCAGGGCGCGCGGAGGAGAUAGACGACCUUCACGAGAAGUGCAAGCUUCCCACAGUAGAAGAGUGUACGCAGUUGGCGGAGGCCUCCUGGGCAGGCGGCCAUGUGCUGGAAACUGUGAAGUAUUACUUGUUAAGCCAAGAACCUGAGAAAGCCCUUCCUGUUGGCUUGGACUUCAUCAAAGAACACAUCAAGAGUUCAGAGUGGACAUUGGAUACCAUUCUUCCCGUUCUUGACCUGCUGAGUUAUAUUCGUACUGAAAAACUGCUCCUGCCCACGUGUGCUAAAGCUCGCAAUGAACUGCUCGUGCUGUGUGGCUAUGCGGGUGCGUUGCUGGCGAUCAGGAGGAAGUACGAGAGCAUCGUGCCAGCCCUCUACGAGUACACGAGCCAGCUGUUAAAACGCCGGGAGGUGUCCGUGCCUUUAACGAUCGAACGCCUUUCCGAGGAACUGGAUGCAUGGAGAGCGUGUGUGCGGUCUGCCAGCCCAUCGUCAGACGCCUCUCCGUACACACCCCCUUCCGAGUCACAAAGAUCGGUGUAUGCAGCUUUACGGAAGAGGCUGGGAGAGGAGCCGUGCAGAGGCCUCGCUGGACCGGGCCACGUGACCGGCUCCCACCUGCCCAGUCACUCCGACGGCCACGUCUCCUGCCUUACGGGCUUGAAAAUCCAGGGCCCCGUGUGUUUGCUCGAAGACGGGAAGUCCGCUGUCUCACUGAACGACGCUUUGAUGUGGGCGAAGGUGAACCCUUUCUCACCUCUAGGGACUGGAGUCCGACUCAACCCAUUCUGACAGGAGGUUUUCCUCCAGACUUAACUAUUGUUUUUGGAGACCUUUUAUUGGCUAGUACACCUUUGUUGCCCAAGAGCCAGAGAUUGGGAGGAGGAAGAGGGAGGGAGGGGGAAGAA